AUGCUUUCCACCUGCUCCCCACUGCAGGCCCUCGAGCUCGGCUGCUCGGCUUCGACAGCUCGCAACCACGACCGCGACGGCCAUCCCUGCACGCACCAACUCGAUCCCAGCAUUCUACUCCAACAAGGCAGGUCAACCUCGAGCGUAUCUUUAGCUGUCUCACUCUCACCUCGGUUCUUUCUCGCCCUCAGACGAUCGAAAAGUUCGCCGCACAGCGCUCGACGCCCAUCUCGCUCAAGCACCUCAUCAACUUUGGCAAGCAUGGACGCAACAAGGGCGAACAGGAGGAGGGGGAGAAGCUGCUCAAGUCGGGCAACUUUGUAUGUGUUGCUUCCCCGACGUCCUAAAACUCCGCACCUGGACUGAACCCGCUCUGAGUCGGGCAGUUGAGGACCGAGUUGCCGACACGACUGUCCCAUCGUCUCCGGGAUCUGCAAGAAUUGCCUUAUGUCGUCGCCAGUAACCCAAGAAUAGAACAUGUAUACCAACUAUACCUGGAAGCGUUCGAAGCGUAAGUCUCCGGACUGCCCCAUGAUCUUCCACCGUAGCCAAAGCCAAAGCCGAAGCUGAGGCCGGCCCGACUGACCCCUGACUCGAUCCCUGGGCACAGCAUUCGAAGGUUCCCCGUCAUCAAGACUCUCGAAGACAAUAACAAGUUUUGCGCCUUUAUGCAAUCGACACUGAACCGGCAUCGUGUCGUCAUUCCCGACUUGGCCAUUGGGUGAGCUCGGCCUCGCGCGAAAAACCUUCAGAAACCUUCUCUCCUCAGAUUGGCUCAUCCCUUCCGCGUCGUUCAUUCCCCACUCCAGCAUCUGCGAAACUUCACCCCAUCACCUGGGUCCCCGCGAAGUCGACCGCAUCAUGACACGCAUGCUCCGCUCUCGUCUCUCCCGCCGCGUCAUCACGGAACAACACAUCGGCCUCACGCACCAAUUGCGAGAUCGACAACGUACAGGCAAGCAUGCGAUAGACUUGGAUCGUUACGUCGGAGUCGUUGAUACUCGAAUCCGAUUGAUUGAUGUUGUCAAGCGGUGUACGGAGUUGAUCAAAGGGAGAGGGGGACCGGAGGCUUUGGUGGAGAUCAAGGUUGAGGGCAAAGGCGUCGAGGACGAGUUUGCGUAUAUCCCUGAACAUCUCGAGUGGGUACCCUCCAUCUCCCGCCCGUCGGCAUAGAAUUCCCGAACUGACACUAGAAUGUGCUCCUUAUUCCAGAUUUAUGCUUUUCGAACUCUUGAAAUCAGCCGCCCACUCGACGAUCGUCAAUCUCGGGGCCGAAGCCGCCUCUUCCCAUCCCAUCACCAUCACCAUAUCCCACCAACCACGCGACGUCUCCAUCCGCAUCUCGGACCAAGCCGGAGGGAUCCCGCCUUAUGGUGGACUCCCCCCAACCGAACAAGACAUCCUCCUUCGUUCCUAUUCUACUUCACCGGACGUCGUCAUCCCCGUUGCGAAUAGUCAACGCUUGGACCUCUUCACCUUUGCGCAUAUGAGGCGUUUCUAUCAACAUCAUUUACUUGCGGAUGAACAACAGGGCUCAACACGAGAGGUUGAAGAAGGGAGGAAGAAGAAACCUGUUGAAGGGAUUGAGGCAUUACGUGCGGUCGGUCAGUUGGAGGGAACGGUGGCCGAACAGGUGAAACGACAUCGCGCGAGAGCGUCGAGUCAGUCUCAGGAGGAGGAUGGAAAGGAAGCGGAGGAGAAUGAUGAAGAGAUGAUGCAGGAUGCGCAGAUGAAGAGUGGGAUUGGCUUACCGUUGGCCAGGAUGUUCGCCGAGUGAGUGCGAGGGAGCGCAAGCGCGAGCGUUCCAGCGUCGGAGCUACAAAGGAUUAAGCUCGAGUCUGCGUUUUCUCCCGUAGAUAUUUUUCGGGAUCGCUCGAGAUCUUUACGGUCCAAGGCUACGGAUCGGAUGCUUGGUUAAAGAUCCCAAAAUUUGGGAACGCGAGCUAA